CCACUACUUAGUUAUUCUAUAUAUAAACCUCUCCCUCCACUUUAAUUUUCCAUCAUCAGAAACAAAGAACCUCUUCUUUUUUUUUCAACUUAUUAACUUUGAUUCAUACAGGGUUUUUUCAACAACCUACGUGGGAUCAGACUUAUCUGACAUGGCCAUGGUGUAUGGUGGUAGAACAACUUCACUCCCAUCUCAAGUCCUCACCUUCCACUCCUCUACUAAAUGGAAUGAGCACUUUGAUGCCUUCAAAAAAACUAACAAACUGAUGGUGGUUGAUUUCACUGCUUCAUGGUGCAGACCUUGCAAACUCAUGGACCCGGUUAUCCAAGAGUUUGCUGCCACAUUCAGAGAUGUUGAGUUUGUCAAGAUUGAUGUGGAUGAGUUAAUGGAGGUAGCAGAACUUUUCCAAGUACAGGGAAUGCCAACUUUCAUGCUAAUUAAGAAAGGAAAAGUGACUGAUAAAGUGGUGGGAGUAAAAAAGGAGGAGCUACAAAGGUUGAUUGAACAACACAGAAAAUGAAUGUGUCAUCAAGCAAUAAACUAAAAUCAGCAAGUUCACUUCAACAUAUAUUUUUACAGGAUCUUCUUGCUAUGCACAAUCUUUCAUAGUCACGGCCAGAGAAUAUUGAGUGUCCUGAAUACUUUCUUUGGGGAUGUUUCUCGUCAUGUUUCGUUCCCUCGUGGAUUCUAGUUUAGUCCAAUUUUCUGUUUUUUUUUUUUUUUGAGAAAAUAAACAAAAGGAAAAGCCAACAACUCAUAGGAUGCUGAAUAAGUUGGUACCAUUAUUUCAAGUAAAAACAAGUGUCAUUGUUUAAUGUUCACAUCACAAUUUAAUAUUUAGACCUAUUUGCAAUUUGUAAUGUGUCGGUGCUGAUUUUAAGCCAUGAAUGAAAAACGACACAAAAGGGCUCUGAUGCAUCCAAUUUCUAUAUAA